AUGAUUGCCCCAAGCACGACCACUAUCGUCAAACGCGACUGCUAUCCAUCUCCUAUACUCACCAUACCUGCGGAGCUUCUAGUUUCCAUCUUAGGCUUCUUGGAUAGCCGAUCAUUACUUAGGUGCUGUUCCGUAUGCCAUCAUUUCGACUUGGUCAUAGAGAGCUAUGCAGAACUUCAGUACAACAUUGAACUCACCCUUGAUGGCAUGGUGGAUGGUUUUCCAGGAAACCUUUCCGUCUCUGAACGGUUACAGAUCCUACGGAAUAGGAGACGUGCAUGGUAUAGCCUCGACUGGGAUCAGCACCUCGUCGUACCAAUGCCUGGCUCCUGUCAGGCGUACGAGCUCGUUGGUGGCGUUUUCGCCAAAACUAUGAGUACUGGAAUCGGAGGAAAUGGUUCCCGCCAUCUAAUUACAUCAUGGCUUCCAUCGACAAUCAAUAGCGAACGGGUAGUCGUAAGGAAAGAUAUUGGUUUGCCCACACGGGAUUUCGCCAUCGAUCCCUCUCAGGACCUAAUUGCACUCGUUCAAGCGGAUGAUGAUGAUGAUUUUCACUUUCUGCUUCCUGGUUUAUUGCAAGUCCAUCUUCGCACGCUAUCCACCAAUGAACCGCAUCCUCAGGCGGGAUCUGUAGUAUUACGCUGUGCUGUUAUGUUCCCUAUAACAAAUGCCUUCAUCCAGAUCGUGGAUGAUGUUAUUGGCAUGAUGUUCUGGGCGGAACCCCAAGGCCCUCGUAUCACACUCUGGGAUUGGAAGAGUGGCAAGUUCCUCAUUGUAAGCCUAUUAAGCAUGUCAUGUCAAAUAUCAUUACAUUAUAUUGUGUCACAGGAUCGUAGUAGUCUCCAGCUUCCAAGCGGCACUUGGGACUUUUCGUUCCUUUCUUCUCGCGCAUACAUGUUAACAUGCACCGCAGGGCAAGGUUCCAUUGAAAUAUUUACAUUCGCUGAUGAAACCAGAAAUGAUUCAACAACAGCCUCGAUCGGCGCACUACCUGUACACGUUGCAAGCUUAUUGUUGCCUCCUGUCUUACCGGGUGUACAUCUGAUGAACAUGCACACACAUACCGGUCCCUUCGCCGCUAGAUGUCCGGUUGGUAAACCGUUUGCUACAGCAAAUCAUGCCCGCAUCCAUGUUGUGUCAAUUCAGUACGCUCGCACUGGCUGUCUUAGGUUGAUUGAUAGUCCUCGUUUCUGUCUCUUUGUUCACAAUCGCACGUUAAUGUCCUAUAUACAUCAACGCAAGGAACGCGGUGGAUCUGCUGUCACGGUACCAUGGAAUAAGUGGGGCCCUUUGCAGACGCAGUUCAUGCAUCAGCGUGAGCAAUUUCAAUGGCUGAGAUAUGUUCAGGGGUGUCGCGUUGUCCUACCCAUUUCAUAUCACGUUGCAGGGAGUACAGUACAAGUCCUUGAUUUUAACGUCUGUCGCACGAAGCGCCAAAUAUUCGAGGAGCAUACCGCAAGUUCUGCAGAUAGCUGUAUAAAUACUGAUGGAACUCACGUUGGUAUGGGAAAUAUCUUUCAAGCACCCGUGAUUACCUUGAUGCCAUAUCGCGUUCUGAGCCGAGGGGAACUGGAGGAAUACAACGGGGUGAUGAUUGAUGACGAACGGCUGAUAGGACUGAAGGUACGAUUUCACACAUGA